UCAAGCCAUUUUGGCUCAAGCCAUUCUGGCUCAAGUGCAUUUUGGCUCAAGCGAUCGCACGGCCGUCGCCCGCCGCCCGCGCGGCAUGGCGGCGCCAAGAGGGGCUUGGGCGGCCCGCGACAUCGCGCUCCUGGUGGAGGCCGCGGUGCGCGGGGCCGCCGAGGCGCGCGCCCCGAGGCGGACGGUGGCGGCAGUCGCCCGCUCGGCCAUUUCGGCUGCGCUCUUCCGAGCGGGCCGCGUGGCGGAGGCGGCGGAGGCUGCUGGGGACGACUCGGAGGUGCGCGACGUGGAACCGGAGCGGCCGCCCUCGGCCGCCAAAGCGGCGCGCAGGCGCCGCCGUCGCCAGCGCCUUUCGGCGCGGCGGGCGGCGGAGCGCAGCGCGGCGGCUGCGGCGGCGGCGGGCGGAGGCGCUGGGGGCCCAGCUGCUCCUCCGGGGGCCGGUGCGCCGGUGGUUGCUGGUUCGGGGCCUGCGGGGCCCGCGGUCGGCGACGUGGCGGACUCGGACAUGGAUGACAGCUGGGCGGACGGGCUGCGGCGGGGGGCGGAGCCGGCUCGUGAAGCCGGCGGAGCUCCUGCGGCGGCCGCGGGCGCUGCGCGGCGCGUGGCCCCUCGCCUCGAGUCGGGCGGCUCGGCGGGGUCGCGCGCCUCUGCUGGGGAGGCUGCAGGGCUGGAGCUGGCGGCGGCGACGCCGCAGGCCGAGGCCCCUUCCGACCCCUUCUCGGCCGAGGAGCUGGCCUUGAUGGCGAAGGCCGUGGACUGCGGCAUGGCGCCGCCCUCGGUGGUGGCCGCGGUGGCGGCGGCACGCGGUGCUCCUCGGCACGCCCCUCAAGGACGCGGACUCGGUCGGGGAGGGCAGCGGCCUCCCCGUUGUACAUAGCCGCUAUAGGCCACUUCCGUCGCCUGCGUCGUGGUGCACUGUAGCGGUUCUGUACUGAGUUUGGGCCUUUCCCCCCGCUGUAGAGGUCCAGACGCAUGAAUGUAGCGGAGCUGGGCGUGGAGCUCAA